GAACUCUGUUGAAAGCAAUCAUGGACGCCCAUAAACCUGCCGCGCCCUCGACGGCUGAGCCUUUCACUCUUCUGGUCUGUCACCUCUUUGCUGCUCCCAGUCUCCAGUUUCUUCACAAUUGGCCUGCUCUCGCGCCUCAAUUGCGCAUAGAACCCGUCUGGAGCCCGCACCGCACCUUCCCGUCCCCCGACAUUCCUCCAUCUCCGCACCAACCGCGAGCUCCCGAGCAGGCGCGUCCGCCAUGACGACGAGUUGAUAUGUUUGCCUCCGCUCACCAGCUUUCUCUCCAUCUCCACUGGUGCUCACCAUGUCUCUCACCCCCUCCAAUCCGCGGAUAAUGAGUCCGGCCUGGGGAGGGAGCAUCAAGCUAACUCCGUCAACUUCACCCUACCACAAGACCACACCGCUACGAUCCCCGGUCAAACUCAACCGGUCAGAAGCUACUCUCUCACUAAAACAGGUUAUCGGCAGCACCACCACCUCUGCCAAUGCAUUCGACAGCUUACCUCCAGGGCGUUGCUUUGCCUUUACCGCUGGCGCCGCUGCCGUCGUAGCCAAUGUUGACAAUGGACGCAUUGUAUCCCAGCGAUUCUACCGCGCUCGACCUACGGCGAACCCGAUAAACCCCUCCACAUCUGUAUACGGCGGACCUUCCACACCUACGCAAAACGAGGGUCGAAGUCGAAUGACCACCACUUUACGUGAAGCUGGUCUUGGUGCUUCCCCCCUUCCGUCGCCUGCCACUGACUGGAACGAAUCUCCCGGAAGCAAAACCUGGUCAGCCAGAGAGCGGGUCAAAGCAGCUACAUGCGUUUCCUUCAGCCCGGAUGGGCGUUUCCUUGCCGUCGGAGAGACUGGCCACAAGCCACGCGUCCUCAUAUUCUCGACUGUUUCUGAUGCACCUUCCGAUACCCCUUUAUCUUCUCUUUCUGAUCACACUUACGGCGUACGAUGCGUUGCAUUUAGUCCCGACUCGCAAUAUCUGGCGAGCCUGGGUUCAGCGAACGAUGGCUUUCUUUAUGUAUGGAGUAUAAAUUCGCGAACAGGUGCUGCAACUCUCCACUCAAGUAACAAGUGCACCAGCACUGUGAACCGAAUGGUGUGGAUGGGCAAUAACCUAGUUACCGUCGGUACCAGACAUGUCAAAGUCUGGCGAGUGGAAGAGAAUCCUGCAUCGACUCGCAGUGUCAAAGUCCGGCAAAGCGACGUCUCAUUUCUACCCAAUAGCACCCACAAGACUCUACCGGGCAGGAACUGUCUGCUCGAAUCGUUGCUUGAAGCCACUUUCACAAGCGUUGUUGCUGUGUCUGCGUCAAAAGCUAUUGUGGCAUCCGAUAGAGGCGAUAUCUGCCUGAUCGAUGAUACCGAUGGGACUCAGCGAUUCUCCAAAGUGGCCGAAGCAGGGUUUGCGGUCACGGCUAUGGCGAUAGAUGAUAGGGGCCGACUACAUGCCGCCGGCAGCAACGGGGCCCUCAAGUCAUUGGACGUCAAGGACAUCACAGAGGCAAGCACGCCUCCCUCGUCGCCCGCCUUUCGAGUGCGCUCGCCAACGAUCACGCUUUCGACGAGCGCGACCAACAUUCAGGCAAUAGCUGCAUUAACUGAGCACCUUGUCACCAUCGAUGCGCAGCGCACCAUCCGGUUAUCGCAUCUUUGCUCCACAGACGACGAAGGAGUCAUCGGCGAAGUGGUUCAGAAACUCCCCGCCCAUGGCGAUUCUGUGCUUGGGGUGGCGGCACUCGUGAAACCCAAUGUCCCGGAUGCGUCGUACUAUACCUGGUCCGCGGAAGGUUUGAUUUUGUUUUGGGGACAAGACGGCCUCUGCAAGGGCUCAUUGGAGGUGGAACUUGAGCAGCUGGAUCCUUCUGAAGCGGAGCGGAACGAACUCAGAAUUGUCAAAGCCUCUGCGGACGGAAGUUACCUUGUCACAGGCGACCGGUAUGGUGUUCUUAGGAUUAUUGACUUCUCGUCCCGCAAAAGCAAGAUUAGCGUCAAAGCUCAUGCAAGUGAGAUCACUGAUGUAGCAAUCUUCGAGGCGGAACAACCACCAUACGUUGCCUGCUGCGCCCGAGACAGGACAGUUCAGAUAUUCAGGAGGUCGAAUGAUGAGUGGGACCUCCUGCAGACGCUGGACGAGCACGUAGGUGCUGUAAGCGGGGUCACCUUUUCCCGGGAUGGGACGCGAUUGGUAUCGUGCUCCUCGGAUCGGACAUUGGUCGUUCGUGGACGUGUAUCUCGUGACGCAGAUGGCAAUUCUGAGAGCGCGUUUCUCAUCCUGCGAACAGUGGUGCUGAAAGCCACUCCGGUCUCCAUAGCCUGGCAUGCUGACCUCGACGAUGUCCUUCUCGUCUCCACCAUCGACCGGCAGGUUCAUCGAUACGAUCUCAGAGAUGGCCAGCCUUUGGGCAGUUUCCGCGCCUCGGAUGGCGAAGGGGGUGAUGCUGUAGUCUUAUCAUCACUUGCGCAUAUUCGACGUCCCCUCGCUGCUCCGUUGAUCGCUGGAGUAUCCAGCACUGACAAGUCGAUACGCAUAUACGACGAAGCUGGAACUCUUGUAACUCGCGACUGGGGUCACACGGAAGGAGUGACGGACUUGGCCCUUCUGACCAGCUCAGAUGGUCUCGUAGCGGACGAUGACAAUGGCCAGAGGUCUGUUGUUACAGUUGCCGUGGACGGUACCAUUUUUGUCUGGAACUUGGAGCUUCGAUCCCCUCACCGGCCAGAUGCGUCCAAGUCGAUUGAUCUCGGGUCGCCGUCUACGCCAACGAAUCCAGAACUGUUGGCAAGCAGACCACCUCUCCGGCGCGUCCUCUCGCAAUCUGAACUCGCGCGCUUCCAGCGCUCUCCCGAUGAGGACCAGAGUCCUACUAUUCCUACUCCAACCGGCAGCCGUUCCCCCAAACUCCGCAAGAGGGUGUCCAAGUUCUCCCUAAAACAGACACCAAAACUAGACCCCUCGCCGAUGCCCAGCAAAGAUAAGCCAGCAUCUGCAGCGUCAACGACGACCAUCCAACCCGCCACUCGCCGCACCUACAGAAACCCCUCUCCUUCCCCACCUAGUCCCCGCCACCAUCCCGACAUGAGCAAACGCCGCGCCUCGAUCGACGUGCGCGUCCGCCCCAAACCUUCAACCAACGAAUUCGGCAGCAUCAACUCGGCCACUGAAUCCCUGAUCCGUACUCUUCGCGGCUAUCGCAAGCGUCUCGCCAACUGCACGGACAAUCUGAGUAGCGAGCUUGCGAGGGAAGUGGAGAGGGAAUUGGCGCAUACGGCGCGGUUGGUCGGGGAGCGGGCGAAGAGCGGGGUGGAUGAGGAGGUGAUGGUCAAGUUGCUGGAUCGGUAUUCGGAACGUGCGAGUGUGGCGAGGAAGGUGAGGGAGAAUAGUGAGGGUGCGAGCGAGCCGUUGAUCUCCCCGGUCUUGAAGAGAGAAGAGGAGGGGAAUACGAGUGGCGAUGGAGGGGCUGCUGAAGGGAAGGUCGAGGGCACGGAUGAUGAUGAGGUGGAGGGGACAGAUGUGGAUAGGGAUGAGCGCGAGGGGACGCCGUCGCCGACGAGGCAACUGAGGGCUUAUUAA